AUGUCGCAGUCUUACUGGAAUGACCGUGGAUUCCCCGAACCCCAUUCAUGUCUUGAAGAAGCUUUGCCCGCCAACGCACGGAACGAAACAUUGGAGCAGUUCAAGACCAGGUUCACUAACGUUCUUCGACAGAUGAUGUAUGUAUCUGGCGAGACUGCGGAACCUCCUGUCGAAACUACCAGCAUCAUUGAAGAUAUUGUUCGCCAACAGGUUAUUGAACUGCUUCGAAACUGCACAGAGCUGGCUUCUCGACGUGGUUCAAAGUCGAUCGGUAUCAACGACCUAAUUUUUCAAAUCCGUCAUGACCAAGCUAAGGUGUCUCGCCUCCGGACGUUCUUGUCCUGGAAAGAUGUUCGAAAAAACGUCAAAGAUUCCGACGAUAAAGGUGCCGACGCGGAUUUAGCAGGAGGCGAAGACCCGGUCGAAGGGAACGCAGGAAACGAUGAGGCGGCCAAGAAGAACAAGAAAGCCAAGGUCGGUCUCCCCUGGGAGCCAUCGUCGUUUUACCCCGUCGAAGUCCCCGAGCGAGAAGAUGAAGAGGAUGAAGAAGAGGAAGAAAUGAACUACAUCACCCUCCAGCGUUUGCGAAAGGCAGAUGAGCGUACAAAGGCUAUGACGAGAGAGGAGUACGUCACCUGGUCCGAGUACCGCCAGGCCUCCUUCACGUACCGCAAGGGUAAGCGCUUCCGUGAGUGGGCGGGUUUCGGCAUCGUGACGGACAGCAAGCCCUCGGAUGAUAUUGUUGAUAUCCUCGGUUUCCUGACCUUCGAGAUGGUCCAAACACUCACCGAGGUCGCUCUCAAGGUGAAGGAGCAGGAGGACAUGGCUCGCGCCCUCAGCGGCGGCGACAACGACGGCACCACGAAGAAGCGGAAGCACGAGCAGGCGCUCUUUGACCCCCCAAGCGAAGGAAAGACUCCCAUCGAGCCACGACACGUCCAAGAGGCUUCCCGCCGCCUGCAACAGCGGCCCAAGAAGGGACGGGCCAUGCUCAACGGCACCAGAAUCCCCCAGCACACUGCCCUCAACAUCUUCUGA